CAUCCCAAUUCUUCGUUUCCCUUGAUCGGCAAUCCCUAUCACUUCACUUCACCUCAUUAACAUUUAUAUUUCCGUUGAAUAAAUUCUGAAACAAAACAGAAAACAACAUUUCUUCCUUUUUACCAACAUGGCGGAAAACCCUCCCGAAACGGCGCCAUCCACCUCCUCACAACCACCACCACCUCCUUCCUCUACUUCUCAAAAAUCGCCUCCUGAUUCCGCCAAACAGCCCCAGGUGCCAGGUUUUCCCAGUUUUCCGGCAUAUCCUCCUGGAUACUACUAUCCAAUGUUUCCUGCUAUGUACCCUGCAGUGGUUCCAGGGUUAACGCCACCGCAGAAUGACGAACUGGCACAGGGGAACCGUGGAGCAGGCAUAUAUGCAGUUCCUGUUCAUCCGUUUAAUCAGUUUAAUGGACAUGUUACUGGACUUCCAUACAACAAUCUGAUCCCACUGACUUACCGCACGCCCACCAGCAGGGCAAGUUCUGAUGCUGCUGCUGCAAGCGAAAAUCAGGGGCAAGCAGCACAGCAGCAGCAUCCUCAACAGCAGCAGCAUCCUGCACCUCAAAGACAAGUUGUUGUUAGGAGAUUUCAAAUUGCAUUUCAAAUUGAUUUGCUGCUUAUGUUAAAACUUGCUGCUGUGAUCUUUUUGUUCAACCAAGAUGGUUCCAGACAGAGGCUUAUUGUCCUUGUGUUUUUUGCUGCUAUUGUAUAUUUUUACCAAACUGGAGCUUUGACACCAAUUGUAAGAUGGCUUUCACAAGGUAUGCAGAGAGCAGCAGCUCCUCCUCAACCACCAAGACCUGCUGCACCCAGGGCUGAAAAUGUUCCAGCUGCAAGGCAGGGGGCUGACAAUGCAGCCCCAGCAGAGGGUCAGCCUGAAGCUGAGGUUGGGAAUCAGCCCGUCAAUGAUGGCAACCGAGCAGCUGAGAACGAAAACGAGGCAGAACCUGGCAGAGUCAAUGGUGGCAACCAAUGGUGGGGCAUUGUAAAGGAGAUCCAGAUGAUUGUCUUUGGAUUUAUCACCUCCCUACUCCCGGGGUUCCACAACCAUAUGGAUUGAAUCUAUAGUUUGUACCAAACAAAGCCUCAUCGGGUUGAGGCAUGAGAGCGUACCCGAGAUGUGGGGAAGGAUCUUAUGAAAUAAAAUGUAUAGCAUCAGAAGUUCCUAGUGCCAUGACUUUACACAUACAUAGUUAGGUGCAGCUAUAAUCCAGCGAAAAAUAGUAUGUUGCAAUUAUAGGGUGUCAUUUUUGUAUCAUUAGUUGGAUUGUAGAUACAACAGCUUUUUUCUUUUCUAGCUUUGCACCAUCUCAAAGUGGUCAAUGACUUUUCGAUUUUCCCCUCUAAGCUUUCUUUGUUAUUUUCUUAUUAGUUCUUGUCUUCUUGAGCAUCCAGAACCCGUGUCAAGUCUUUUUUUUCCCAACUAAUGCUGCAAGCAAGGUACAUUUUUAAAAUUUGAUAGAAUUACAAUUUUAGAA